CCUGCCGGAAAGAGAGAGAGGAGGCCUCCGCCGGGCGCCAGGUGUGGCCUUGGAGCUGCGGGGUGAUUCUGGAAGGAGACAUGCCAGGAGGCAAGGCUGUGUGACAGUUGGCUUUUCAUGCUUCAGAGCUUGGGUUUUCCCAGGCGGAGAACAGUCUUAACCCCGAGGCCUGUGGACAUGAGACAAUGUGGGAACCCUCCCGUCAUGUCCAGGUGAGGCCGAGGAGUGCCGUGCUGAACAUGCUCAGGAGACUGGAUAGGAUCAGGUUCAGAGGCCACAAGAGAGAGGACUUCCUUGACCUAGCCGAGUCCCCAAAUGCCUCGGACACCGAGUGUGGAGACGAGAUCCCUCUGAAGACACCACGGCCCUCACCCCGGGACAGUGAGGAGCUCAGGGACCCUGCUGGUCCAGGGACCCUCAUCAUGGCAGCAGGCGUCCAGGACUUUAGCAGGACAGAGUUCGAUCGGCUGAAUGAGAUCAAGGGUCAUCUGGAAAUCGCCUUACUGGAAAAGCACUUUCUUCAGGAGGAGCUCCGGAAGCUUCGAGAAGAGACCAACUCAGAGAUGCUGCGGCAGGAGCUCGAUCGGGAACGGCAGCGCCGGAUAGAACUGGAACAGAAAAUACAGGAGGUGCUGAAGGCCAGGUCGGAGGAGCAGCCGGCACAGCCUCAGCAGCCGCCAAAGGGACAGAGCCAGGCCAGCAAUGGCGCGGGCACAGACCGUCGCAGCCAGGGGCUGUCGUCCCGUGUACAGAAGUGGUUCUAUGAGAGGUUUGGGGAGUAUGUCGAAGACUUCCGUUUCCAGCCCGAGGAGAACACGGUGGAGACGGAGGAGCCCCUCAGCGCCCGCAGGUUAACUGAAAACAUGAGACGAUUGAAGCGUGGCGCCAAGCCGGUCACUAACUUUGUGAAGAACCUGUCUGCCUUAUCCGACUGGUACUCCAUCUACACCUCUGCCAUUGCCUUCACCGUGUACAUGAAUGCUGUAUGGCAUGGCUGGGCCAUCCCCAUGUUCCUGUUCCUAGCAAUUUUGAGGUUGUCCCUCAAUUACCUCAUCGCCAGGGGCUGGCGGAUACAGUGGAGCAUUGUGCCGGAAGUGUCUGAAGCUGUGGAACCUGCAAAGGAAGAUCUGACCGUGUCUGAGAAGUUCCAGCUGGUGCUGGACGUCGCCCAGAAAGCACAGAAUCUCUUUGGCAAGAUGGCCGACAUUCUGGAAAAGAUCAAGAACUUGUUCAUGUGGGUGCAACCCGAGAUCACGCAGAAGCUCUAUGUCGCUCUGUGGGCCGCCUUCCUGGCCUCUUGCUUCUUCCCGUACCGCCUGGUGGGGCUCGCUGUCGGCCUCUAUGCUGGCAUCAAGUUUUUCCUGAUCGACUUUAUCUUCAAACGCUGCCCGAGACUUCGAGCCAAGUACGACACGCCCUAUAUCAUCUGGAAGAACCUCCCCACCGACCCCCAGCUCAAGGAGCGGGCUGGUGCCACCGUGUCACGCAGGCUGCAGACAACCUCGUCACGGAGCUAUGUUUCCAGUGCUCCAGCUGGCCUGAGCAAGGACGAGGAGGCUGGCCGCUUUCACAGCACCAAGAAGGGCAAUUUCCAUGAAAUCUUUAACUUGACUGAAAACGAGCGCCCACUAGCAGUGUGUGAGAAUGGCUGGCGCUGCUGCCUCAUUAACCGAGACCGGAAGAUGCCCACGGACUACAUCCGGAACGGGGUUCUGUACGUGACAGAGAAUUACCUGUGCUUCGAAAGCUCCAAGUCUGGCUCCUCAAAGAGGAACAAGGUGAUCAAGCUGGUGGACAUCACAGACAUCCAGAAGUACAAAGUCUUGUCCGUCCUCCCAGGCUCAGGCAUGGGGAUAGCCGUAUCAACGCCAUCAACCCAGAAACCCCUGGUGUUCGGUGCCAUGGUGCACAGAGAUGAAGCCUUUGAGACCAUUUUUAGCCAGUACAUGAAAAUCACGGCUGCAGCGGCCUCUGGCGGUGACAGCUAGUAUUGACUGCAAGGUGUUGCUGGAAUCCUUUCUAAUCAUUGGAUAGAGGAUCAGAUGGGAUGUCCUUGUGAUCUUUGGCAAUAAUUCUCCUGGACUGUGGCUGGUUAUGGUGGCCUGGGUUCUGCAGACCCAAAGGGCUGGGACUCAACGGAUGGUGCUGGGCUGGCCCAUGCUGAGCGCGUG